AGCCGCCUUCCUCUCUCCUCCUCCUCCUCCUCCUCCUAUUUACACAAACGUCACUUCAAGUCCCUCCCUGUUUGAAUCUCAUUAGUUUCUUGUGUGUUUCUCCCUGUCAAUAAUCCCGAAUCCAGACUCUCUCUAUUUCCAUCCCUCUCUAUCUGUCAAUCAGCGCCGCCUUUGAACUGAAAACCACUCCGACCAACUUCAACUCUCUCAAUCCGAGCGCCGCGGCUCCUACUCCGGCUUCCCCUUUUCCGAGAGUCACCCUUCUUUUUUGGGACUUUUCUCUUUUUUUUUCCAAAGGGGGGAUAGAACAUAAAACGCGCUUUUUGUAAGGGGGAAGCGGUCAACACGACACCCCGAAACUUUUUCGACGGUGAGGUGUUUUUUUUUUUUUUUUUUUAGUUUCUUCUUUCCAGCGCCCCCCACCCCGCUGCCGUCUUCACUGACGCCGAAAGUGGGGAACGAAAAUGCCGCAACUUAACGGCGGUGGAGGGGACGACUUGGGCGCCAACGAUGAGAUGAUCUCCUUUAAAGACGAAGGGGAGCAGGAGGAGAAAAUCUCGGAAAACUCUUCGGCCGAAAGGGAUUUAGCGGACGUCAAGUCUUCGCUCGUCAACGAGUCGGAAACGAAUCAGAACAGCUCGUCCGACUCGGAGGCGGAGAGACGGCCUCCGCCUCGGUCUGAAACUUUCAGAGACAAAACGCGAGAAAGUUUAGAGGAGGCUGCGAAAAGGCAAGAUGGAGGGCUGUUCAAGAGCCCACCGUACCCGGGCUACCCGUUUCUUAUGAUCUCUCCGGAUCUCGCCAGCCCCUACCUUCCCAAUGGAUCACUUUCCCCAACAGCACGCACAUACCUACAGAUGAAAUGGCCCCUGCUAGAUGUUCAACCAGGAAGUCUGCAGAGUAGACAAGCACUUAAAGAUGCCAGGUCCCCAUCACCGGCACACAUCGUUGGGCCCUUCUGCUGGGAAUUCCCUGGACAGUCAGAUCUGAGCCUUCACCAAUUUCAUUUGUCUAAUAAGGUUCCAGUGGUUCAGCACCCUCACCACGUGCACCCUCUCACACCUCUGAUCACCUACAGCAAUGAGCACUUCACACCAGGGAACCCACCCCCACACCUACAGACAGACGUGGACCCCAAAACAGGAAUUCCAAGGCCUCCACAUCCUCCAGAUAUAUCUCCUUAUUAUCCGCUGUCACCUGGCACCGUAGGCCAGAUCCCCCAUCCGCUGGGAUGGUUAGUACCACAGCAAGGUCAACCUGUUUAUCCAAUCACAACAGGGGGUUUUAGACACCCCUACCCAACUGCGCUCACUGUCAACGCAUCCAUGUCAAGUCUUCUGUCCUCUAGGUUCCCCCCACAUAUGGUGCCCCCCCACCACGGUUUGCACACCACGGGCAUCCCGCACCCGGCCAUCGUCACGCCCAACGUCAAGCAGGAAUCCUCCCACAGCGACAUCAGCUCCCUCAACAGCUCGAAACAGUCCGACGCUAAAAAAGAGGAGGAGAAGAAGAAGCAGGUUCACAUAAAGAAGCCCCUGAAUGCCUUCAUGCUGUACAUGAAGGAGAUGCGGGCCAAGGUGGUGGCAGAGUGCACGCUGAAGGAAAGCGCCGCCAUCAACCAGAUCCUGGGCCGAAGGUGGCACGCGCUAUCGAGGGAGGAGCAGGCCAAGUACUACGAGCUGGCCAGGAAAGAACGACAGCUCCACAUGCAGCUGUACCCCGGCUGGUCGGCCCGGGACAACUAUGCGGCUAACCAACAGGGGAAAAGGAAGAAGAGAAAAAGGGAAAAGCAGCAAGCGGAGAGCAACGAACACAGAGAAUAUUUUCCAAACCCUUGCCUUUCACUCCCUCCGAUUACAGAUGCAAAUACCCCAAAGAAGUGUCGUGCCUUGUUCGGGCUUGACCAGCUGAGUUUAUGGUGCAAACCGUGCAGGAGGAAAAAAAAGUGCAUUCGCUACAUCCAAGGUGAAGGCAGCUGCGCCAGUCCCCCCUCAUCGGACGGAAGCUUACCAGACUCCCCCCCCUCCUCGCCCUCCUCCUCCGUGGUCCCGUCGCCCUCGCCAAAAGAGCCCACGCCUCAGACUGAACAAAUGCAGCCUCUCUCACUGACUAUGAAAGCCGCCCACCAGCCACUCCAUCACCGAGCGCCGGACAACCCGAGCAAAACCCCCUCGGCCGCCUCCUCCUCGUCCCACAACGGCGCCGACGGCGUGCCACAUUCGCGGCAGGUCUCCCCCAUGGUCCGGCCCUCGCCGCUCUUGUGUCAUUCCCACUCGCUCCUCCAGCCUCUCUCGCUGGUGACCAAGUCCAUAGAGUAGCCCCCCCCCCCCCCCCCCCCCCACCCCCUUCUCUGCUCUUUCUCUCCACUUUCUUUCCGUAAACUUCAUUGGUCAAUAUUUGACCCACCGUGGAAAAAGGAUGAAAAAAAAAACCGCCACAAUUAGCGUUCCCCCGCCCCCGCCCCCCACCCGGGUUCUCUCUUCACCUCCUUGGUUCUCCGUCUUUAUUUGUAUUAAAUACGAGCUGGCGAACCAAUCGGAUCAUCCGGGAGGAGGCCGGCGUCCACAAGGUUGAUGUUGAAAUGUACAGAGUCCAGGACGGGGCUGGUUAUGCAUUCUUCCACUUUGUCCUUUUUCUUUCCUGUGGGGGAGGCGGGAGGUCCGGGUGGGAGGGCCUUCCAGGGGUUGUUGAAGAAAAAAAAAAAAAGAAAAGAAAAAAAAAAAAAAACCACGCUAGGACCAGUAGUAUUUAUUGCUUUAGAGAUUGCUCGUCGUAUCUUGUUCGUGUCUCCUUUUUGACGUUCUUUCUUUUUCUUAAACAAAAUGUUGUACAAAUAUUUUUUUUUUCUUCAGGUAAGCGACUUAUAUAAUAUACGGACGAUCCGUUUUUACAAGGAGGUUUUAACUACUUUUGUUUUCCCCUUCUUUUGUUUCUCUUCCUUGGAUUCCACUCUGUGUACCGUGUAGAUCUCAUCGACCCCCCCAACGUAUGCACAUUUCGAUAAAAAGCCAUUUUUACAAAAAAAAAAACAACAAAAAAAACCACCUCGAGACAGCGGCGUCCCCCCCUCCAACCCCCCCAACCCCCCCCCCCUCUUCACGUCUCGGACUGUUUUGAUCGGUGUACAGAUUUUCCCCCGACCACCUCUGUUUCAUUCGGACGCCAUCUUUUUUGCUGUGACGUUACAUAGAUUGCUAUGUAUGUAGUAUAAAUGUUGCUAUAACAAAAAUGUGUUUGGUAGCAAAAUGUCAAAUAUUAAAAAUUUCAACCUAAUACAACAGAAAAAAAACAAAAAACAUCAUACUGUAUAAAAACCCACCCAGGGCCAAAUUAUGUACAUUAGGAGGUUCAUAAAAAAAACUUAUUAAAUACAAAAAAAUACACAAACUGCCACUUUUAAGUACACUACUACAUAUAGGUAGCUAGGAAAAAAUAGGCAUGUUGAUGUUGCAAGAGGCUGUAAAAUAUUACUACUACUAAAAAAAAGCUACAAGAGGACCACCCACUCAUUGUAGUUGACAUGACGCGACUGUAAUCUGUCUAUUUCUUCUCUGGUUUAUUAAGAUGCUAAUGAUAAAUAGUUUGAAUGUUUCCUUAACGGCUGUGAUGUUCCUGUUCUCUUUUAUGCUCUUUUCCUUUUCUUUCUUUCUUUGUUUUUCUCCCCCCCCCCCCCCCCCCCGUUGUUAUUUUCAAAAUGGUUCCCCCCAAACCCCCAAAAAACCAUUGUUUUUUGUAAUGAAUAAAUGUUAAUGCUGUACAGUCUCUGUAGCAUGCAGUUCUGUAUUAAUAAAAGCAACUUAGUAUGUGCA